UCCGCGCUCGGGGCUGGGGGAAUCUCACCGCUCCGGCCACUUCGCCCCUGGGGGCACCGAGCAGCUUUGUUCUUGGGGAGCCGCUGGGCUGGCUGCGGCUGCUGCGUUCCUCCCUAAGGAAGUAUCUCCCCUUUUCCUAUUUUUUUGUUUCUCACACAUUUUGUAUUUUAUACUCUAAGUUCCUAAGCUUGACUUUUUACUGUAUUUAUUUAGAUAUUUGUUUUAAAACUAGUUCUCUCUCCGGUCCCCUGGCCUGCGGGAGGCCACCAGACCUAUUACAAGUCUUACUAAAGGGUCAGUUUGCUAGAUUUGCGGGGGUGGGCGGGCAGAGUUGCUGGCAGCCCCCCCCCCAGGAGGGGGCUGCCCGGGGCGGGCUGCUUCUUCAGACCCCGCAGUCCGGUGUUCCGCCCUGGACUGGAACCCCAGCUGGUCUCCGUCUGAGCUUCUCCCCUAACCAGGACAUGUUCCCGUAGACCCUGACGGUGCCUCUUCCUGGCCAAGAAGCGCGCGUUCCCAAGCACGAGAGCGCCAUGGCCAGCCGGCGGGGCAGCAGUGCGGCCUGCCUGCUCUGGCUGCUGCUGCUUUGGAGUGGGGACCAUGGCUGCCAGGCCCAGAGGGCAGGUUGCAAAAGCGUCCACUACGACCUGGUCUUCCUCCUGGACACGUCGUCGAGCGUGGGCAAGGAGGGCUUUGAGAAGGUCCGGCAGUGGGUGGCCAACCUGGUGGACACGUUCGAGGUGGGCGCGGACCGCACCCGCGUGGGCGUCGUGCGCUACAGCGACCGGCCGGCCACGGCCUUCGAGCUGGACCACUUCGGCUCCCGGGCCGAGGUCAGGGCGGCGGCGCGGCGUCUGACCUACCACGGCGGCAACACCAACACGGGCGACGCGCUGCGCUACAUCACCCGCCACAGCUUCUCCCCGCGGGCCGGCGGCCGCCCCGGGGACCGCGCCUUCAAGCAGGUGGCCAUCCUGCUGACAGACGGCCGCAGCCAGGACCUGGUGCUGGCCGCCGCCACCGCCGCGCACCGCGCGGGCAUCCGCAUCUUCGCCGUGGGCGUGGGCCAGGCGCUGCGGGAGGAGCUGGAGGAGAUCGCCUCCGAGCCCAAGGCCGCCCACAUCUUCCACGUGUCGGACUUCGACGCCAUUGACAAGAUCCGGGGCACGCUGCGGCGCCGCCUGUGCGAAAACGUGCUCUGCCCCAGCGUCCGCGUGGAAGGAGAUCGCUUUAAGCACACCAAUGGCGGAACCAAGGAGAUCACAGGUUUUGACCUGAUGGAUCUGUUCAGCGUGAAGGCGAUCUUGGGGAAGAGGGAGACCGGAGCGCAGAGUUCCUAUGUCCGGAUGGGCGCCUUCCCUGUGGUGCAGAGGACCGAGGAUGUGUUCCCACAAGGUUUGCCUGACGAGUAUGCCUUUGUCACCACCUUCCGGCUCAGGAAAACGUCUCGGAAAGAGGACUGGUACCUCUGGCAGGUCAUCGACCAGUACGGCAUCCCGCAGGUGUCCAUCCGGCUGGACGGCGAGAACAAGGCCGUUGAGUACAACGCUGUGGGCGCCAUGAAGGAUGCCGUCAGGGUGGUCUUCCGAGGUCCCCGGGUCAGUGACCUCUUCGACCGGGACUGGCACAAGGUGGCCCUGAGCAUCCAGGCGCAGAACGUCUCCCUGUACAUUGACUGUGCGCUGGUGCAGACGCUGCCCCUGGAGGAGAGGGAGAACAUCGAAAUCCAGGGCAAGACCGUGAUGGGCAAGCGCCUCUAUGACAGCGUGCCCAUCGACUUUGACCUCCAGCGGGUUGUGAUCUACUGUGACUCCCGACACGCAGAACUGGAGACUUGCUGUGACAUCCCAUCGGGUCCGUGCCAGGUGACCGUCCUGACGGAGCCCUCACCCCCACCCCAGCCGCCUCCCACCUCUGGUAGUGAACAGAUCGGACUUUUGAAGACCAUCAACUGCUCCUGCCCACCUGGAGAAAAGGGCGAGAAGGGCUUCGACGGCCCCAUGGGACUCCCCGGCCCAAAGGGAGACGUGGGAGCCACUGGGCCGGUUGGAGCUCCUGGGCCCAAGGGAGAGAAAGGAGAUGUGGGCAGAGGGCCUUUUGUCCAAGGAGAGAAGGGUGAAAAGGGUUCCCCGGGCCUGCCCGGUCCCCCUGGGAGGGACGGCCCCAAAGGCAUGCAGGGGGAGCCGGGAGAGCCGGGACUGCCUGGUGAGGUGGGCAUGCGGGGAUUCCAAGGACCACCCGGACUCCCUGGACCUUCCGGACCCGUCGGCGCUCCCGGUCUCCACGGAGAGCGCGGUGAAAAGGGAGCCCAAGGAGAAAAGGGGGAGCGAGGUCUGGACGGAUUCCCUGGGAAGCAGGGGGAGACCGGAGAGCAGGGAAGACCCGGCCCUCCCGGCGUGCCAGGGCCCCAGGGAGAGAAGGGGGCUGUGGGGCCCGCAGGACCUCCUGGUGUGCCGGGCGCUGUGGUGCAGAGAGAGGGCCUGAAGGGUGAGCAGGGUGCCCCAGGACCACGAGGUCACCAGGGCCCACCUGGGCCGCCAGGAGCUCCGGGGCUUACGGGUCCGGAAGGCAAGGACGGACCUCCUGGUUUGCAAGGUCUCCGAGGGAAGAAAGGUGAGACGGGCCCUCCUGGAACCCCUGGACUGCUGGGGCCGCAGGGCCCCCCAGGACCACCUGGCCUCCCAGGACCCCCUGGACCCGGAGGCCCGCCGGGUUUACCUGGAGAGAUCGGCUUCCCGGGAAAACCUGGGUACCCCGGGCAGGCGGGACCACCAGGAAAGGACGGGCUGGACGGACCCCUAGGCCUGCCGGGACCCAAGGGAGCCCCAGGAGAGAGAGGGGACGACGGUCUGCCUGGACAGCCUGGCCCUCGGGGUGAAGUUGGGGAGCGGGGCCUGGCAGGCCGACCCGGAGAGAAGGGAGAGGCGGGGCUCCCAGGUUCUCCAGGAUUCCCAGGCAUGCAGGGAGAGAAAGGAAAACAGGGAGAGAAAGGGGAGCGGGGGCUCCCGGGACUGAAAGGUGACCGAGGGGAAAAGGGUGACGCUGGCCCAGCCGGCCCCCCUGGCUCACCUGGAACUACGUCCCUCUUCACGCCGCACCCGAGACUGCCAGGAGAGCCAGGGCCCAAAGGAGAGAAGGGCGAUCCUGGCGCGCCUGGGGACCCGGGACCACAGGGUCAUCCUGGAGAAUUGGGGCCUCGGGGACCCACUGGACCACCGGGUGCCAGGGGUCAAGAAGGUGCACAGGGGACGCCUGGAGCAGCUGGGAACCCCGGCGUUCCUGGGCCUGCAGGCCCCCCUGGUCCCAGUGGCCCCCCAGGAAGUGCGGGCCCCCCUGGCAUCAGAGGGAAGGAUGGCGAGCGCGGAGAGAAGGGAGCCGUGGGAGAAGAAGGGAGCCCAGGGCCAGCUGGCCCCAGGGGUGACCCCGGAGCCCCGGGGCUCCCUGGGCCACCUGGAAAAGGGAAAGAUGGAGAGCCGGGGCUUCGUGGACCGCCUGGGUUACCUGGGCCUCUAGGAACCAAGGGAGACCGCGGUGCACCUGGGACCCCUGGCUCUCCUGGCAGCCGCGGAGACCCGGGCGUUGGGGCUGCUGGCCCUCCUGGCCCCUCCGGACCACCAGGAGAGAAAGGGCCUCCGGGAUCUCGAGGCCCCCCUGGAUUCCCAGGCCCCCAGGGACCAGCCGGCCAGGAUGGUGUACCAGGAAGUCCAGGAGAGAGAGGGCCUCCUGGCAAACCAGGACCCUCUCCGCUACUGUCUCCAGGGGACGUAAAUCUCUUGGUUAAGGACGUGUGCAAUGACUGCCCUCCAGGCCCCCCGGGCCUCCCUGGUCUGCCAGGUUUUAAAGGGGACAAAGGUCUCCCAGGAAAGCCAGGGAGAGAAGGCGCAGAAGGGAAGAAGGGAGAUGCUGGUCCCAGAGGCCUCCCAGGGCCCCCAGGAAUAGCUGGACCACAGGGAAGUAAAGGAGAGCGUGGUGCAGAUGGUGAGACUGGGCAGAAAGGCAGUCAGGGUUAUCCAGGAGUUCCAGGUUUCAUGGGGCCCCCAGGGAACCCAGGGCCACCAGGAGCAGAUGGAAUUGCGGGAGCUGCUGGACCGCCAGGAAUCCAAGGAUCCCCAGGGAAAGAAGGUCCUCCAGGCCCCCAAGGUCCCUCUGGAUUACCUGGCAUCCCAGGAGAAGAAGGCAAAGAGGGCAGGGAUGGAAAACCAGGGCCCCCUGGAGACCCGGGCAAAACAGGAGAGCCGGGGCUGCCAGGACCGGAGGGUGCCCGAGGUCCCCCUGGCUUCAAGGGACACACGGGCGACUCUGGCCCCCCUGGCCCCCGGGGAGAGCCUGGUGCCAUGGGGCCCCCUGGCAAGGAAGGGUCACCAGGAAAAGACGGUGACGUGGGACCCACAGGGCCACAGGGUCCCCAGGGACUGAGGGGCCUGCCGGGUAAGAACGGACCGCCUGGCUCUCCAGGAGACCCUGGCACUCCAGGAAACCCCGGCCAGAAGGGCACCAAGGGAGAACACGGCAGCCCAGGACUCCCUGGCUUCCUGGGUCCCCGUGGGCCUCAGGGAGAGCCCGGGGAGAACGGAGUCCCGGGCAAGGAGGGGGCCCCUGGGAAGCCUGGAGAGCCAGGACCCAAAGGAGAAAGGGGAGAUCCUGGCAUCAAAGGUGACAAAGGACCUCCUGGUGGGAAGGGCCAGCCUGGGGACCCUGGAAUCCCAGGCCACAAAGGUUAUACAGGCCUAAUGGGCCCCCCAGGACCACCUGGGGAGAACGGGCCAGUCGGGCCUCCGGGGCCUCCGGGCCAGCCAGGAUUUCCCGGACUGAGGGGGGAGUCUCCAUCCAUGGACAUCCUGCGGCGGCUCAUCCAAGAAGAACUUGAGAAACAGCUGGAAACCAAACUCACCUACCUCCUGGCCCAGAUGCCCUCCGCGCACAUGAAGGCCACCCAAGGCCGACCCGGGCCCCCGGGGCCACCUGGAAAAGAUGGGCUUCCAGGUCGGGCAGGCCCCAUGGGGGAGCCAGGACGGCCUGGGCAAGGGGGUCUGGAAGGACCCUCUGGACCCAUGGGUCCCAAAGGUGAGCGAGGAGCCAAAGGUGACCCAGGUGCCCCUGGAGUCGGCCUCCGGGGCGAGACCGGCCCCCCCGGAAUCCCAGGUCAACCCGGGGAGCCUGGCUAUGCUAAAGAUGGGCUCCCCGGCAGUCCCGGCCCUCAAGGGGAGACAGGACCAGCUGGACACCCUGGCCCCCCAGGCCCUCCCGGCCCCCCUGGCCAGUGUGACCCCUCCCAGUGUGCCUACUUCGCCAGCCUCGCCGCUGCCCAACCUGGGAAUGUGAAGGGUCCCUAGAAGAUUCUGGAAUGCCAGGAGACAGCGGUGGAUUUGUGAAACUUGAACUCAGAGCCCAAUGGGAAGCCAGAGGUCUUGAAGCAUUUCAGCCAUGUGUUUUUUCUUUCUUUCUUUCCUUUAUCAUUUAUUUUUGUUUUAUUUCCUUAAGAGACCUCAAGAUUAUUAAAACCAACAGAUGCUGCCGGUCGGUCAGAUUAAGAUUAAUAUUAUUAUUAUUGUUUAUUAUUAUUAUUGUUAUAAUUAUUAUUAUUAUUAUUUCAUAUGAUAAUGCUUUUCAAGUUUUCCCCUCUCCUCUAAAGUUGGGAAAACUUGAUUCAUGGGGACUGGAUUGUCACUUGUUCUCCUGACAGCCCCCAUCGGAAGUGUAGCUGCCAAUUUUAAGGAAACUCUUGGUGCUAUGAAACCCUGCCAGUCACUUGCCAAAUGUACCUCUUUCCUCAAAAGGAAACUUUAAGAAAAUGAGACAAUAGCCUUCUAUUCUUCGUUGUGCCCAGAGGUCGCCCAGGGAGAAAUUAUCCACAAGUCGUCACUUCCCAGGAGAGAGAAGUGAAGCAGAAAGAAGGAAAAAUUUGCAGCCACGAGGAAUGUUCUCUCCUCCUGAUGGAAAGCGCACAGAGAAGAGCUCAGAAUCGGUCCUUGGGGAGCAGACUUGGCCACCUCAGGGUUUCAGACCUGCAGAAGCGAAAUUACGUCACAUGGCUGGCAACAGCUUCGCGGAACGCCAUGUCUGGGCCCAAAAUGGGGCGUCUGGUGUGGAAAGCAGCUCCUGGGCGCUCAUCUGGCUUCGAAGCCAUGGAAAGGACCCCUCCCAGCUCCUCGCGGUUGGUGUCACUCAUUUUAAUUUUAAAACGAGGAGGUCCAGAGACCCAUGUGCUCGCCUGACAGUGGGCAGUUGGCCGGGGUGCUGGCCAGAGCUGGGAAGUCUGGGCCUCCAGCUUCCAUCUCUGAGACAAACCGCAUCGAGCCUGUGUGUAAGCUCCGCCCGGCGCAGACAGGUGCUCAAUAAAUCCGAGUUUCCUGCUCCUCGGUUCCA